UUAGCUCCACCUUUUGCAAGUUUCACCAUGGCGGAGACUGGCAAGGAGUUGGCUGUGGCCGAAGGGAACAAACAAGAGAGGCAGUUCAAAGCUGAUCAACAGAAACCCUUAGAUACGCCCAGAACUCGUGAGGCCUGUCGCCGCUUGGGCCUGGUCCCGGAGGAUCUACAGAUCAGAUCUUUUGAAUCUUUCUUCAUCCCCGGAGAUCUCAAGGAGAAACAUCAGCUUCGCUUUGAACAUUAUGAGAAGAAACGGAAGGAGCGAUUUUCCCAAGUUCUUGCCGAGAGGGCCAAGGUCAUCGCCGAGAACGCCAAGAAGGGUGACCUUCCGGGUGCGCAAAGCGCGCAGUUCUUGUCCAUGUUGGAGUCGCUCUUUGAAAAAGAAGCCAAGCGAAUGGAGAUCGACAUGAAGGGGCAACUGCGACAACAUAGCUCCUUGGUCAAGGAGAACGAAGAGCAGAUCCGUAAGGAAGGGCAACUUCAAGAGAAGAUGCUGCAGGUGGACAAGAAGAGGGAAAUUGUCAUGCAGAAGCAGGAUGAGAGGGGCAAAAUGUCCAGGGAGUUGUUGGACAAGAAAAUCCUGCAAAACAAGGA